AUGUCACCAUCGAUGCCAUAUUUUUCUUUUGCAUCACCAAAUCAGGAUAAAUCUAUGUCAGUCACCUACUUAGCCACUACCUUGGGAACAAAAGAAAUCCUAGGCUUGGGCUAUCUCUCCCUGCCACCAAACAGAAGGGUCAGCAUUGGCCUAGCUAGCACAGAGCCACCAGAACAAGGGAUGAAGAGGUGUUUGGGUGAAUUGUUAAAUCCUUGCCGCUGCGAUGGGUCAGUGCGAUACACACAUCAACUUUGCCUGUUGAAGUGGAUUAGUGAAAGAGGGUCAUGGACCUGUGAACUCUGCUGUUACAGAUACCAUGUUAUAGCAAUUAAAAUGAAGAAGCCUUGCCAGUGGCAAAGCAUUACUAUAACACUGGUUGAGAAAGUGCAGAUGGUUGCUGUAAUCCUAGGAUCUCUGUUCUUAGUAGCAAGUGUGACUUGGCUUCUAUGGUCAGCCUUCAGCCCCUAUGCAGUAUUGCAAAGAAAGGACAGCCUUUUUCAAACCUGCUAUGGAUUGUAUGGUUUUAUGGAUCUAGUAUGCAUAGGUCUCAUAGUACAUGAAGGUGCACCUGUUUAUCGAGUGUUUAAGAGAUGGAGGGCUGUGAAUCUACACUGGGAUGUGUUAAAUUAUGAUAAAGCUACAGAUAUAGAAGAGAGCAAUCGAGGAGAAUCCUCAGCAGGAAGGACACUGUGGUUACCACUGACUGCAUUUAGAAACAGAAAUUUAGUUCACCCAACACAGUUAACCUCACUAAGAUUUCAGUGUGGCUACGUAUUGUUACAUCUGUUCAACCGCAUGAGACCUCAGGAAGAUUCAUCAGAGGAUAAUGGCUCUGGGGAAGUAGUAAUGAGAGUGACCUCAGUGUAAAGAUUAAGCUCACUGUGCUACACAGAUAAGAAUAAUAUGCCCUGAUGUUACAGGGGUUUGGAAUGUAGCUACAACGAAUGGUAAAACCAUUAACACUUGAGAAAAAAAAAAAAACCACACACACAUUUUUUUAAAAAAAAUUAAUGCUUUUCUAUGAUCAGCUAAAUCACAAAUGCAUUUUUCUGACAAAAAAAAAACAAAAAAACAAACAAAAACAAACAAAAAAAAACACACAACAAAAAACCAACACCCAACCUCUUGCUUUUUAUAUAGUCUGGUUUAUUAAAUUUUUUGUCAAUUUGUUACAUAAGGUGUAUACAAUUAUAGUUUAAUUCUUAGGUCUUUGAAUGCUGAAGAAAGUCAUUUUUAAGUAAAAAAAUAUAUUUAAAUGUAUUUUCUUAAACACUGGCUUUAACCCACUGUUAUUAUUUUUCCCACUUUCAUGAGGAUUAAACUGAACAGAUUUCUUUCAAAAAGAAAAAAAGAUGUUGACACAAGUCAAGUAUUCUUUCUUUUCUAUCAUUUUUUGUUGUCUGUAGCUCAGUUUGGGUAUGUGAAAGUAGGUGAGAGAUAUAUUGUCCCUUGCCUUUAAGCAGGAAGUCCACCAGCUGUUCAUAGAACCAAGAGGGAAGAUGCCAGCUCUUCUUUUAGCUCUCCCAGGGGGAUGUUGAUGUCAGGCACACGUAAGAUACAGACAGGGGAAGAGUGUGCAAUUCCUCUCUGAUGUCCAAGAUCUGCAGACUACAGGAGCUGUUCCGGUGCACAGACUUCACACUGCAUACCAAACAAUGGUGCUGCAUUUAGCAGCCUCUGAAUUUCCAGCAGCACUCUUACUACAAGCCACCAUCCAACCAUAUUCUUUAAAACAAAAAAGAAAUGGGCAUUAUAUGUAUUGCCAAUUGAAAUAGAGUAGGAUGGUAAGAAAAAAAGUUAAUUAUUGUUCUCCUACCCACCUUCUUCCUAGGCACAGCCUCACUCCUCCAUCCCUGACCUCUCCAUCUCCUGACCCCGAGCAGUACAGGGCUGGGGAAUGGGGUCAGUAUCUGACAGCUCCCCAUCCUCACACCGUGCCCUGCUCCAGUUGGGCCUUCCCAGGGGCUGAGGGAGAGCCCUGCCCAGUGCUGUUGGAAAGUCUCCACUCUGGCUGCGCCUAGAGCCCACCCUGACCUCCUCCUUUCCUCAAGGUGCAGACAGGGGUUUCUCCUGCUGUUGGUGGCUCCCAGUCACCUUGUGCCCUCCCAUCCCGAGGCUCUCCCAAACUCUGUAGAGUUCAUUUUGCUGAUGAACUCUACAGAGGGUCCAGCACUCUGCAUUAAUUCUCAGGAGCUCAAAUUUACACUUACCAAAUCUACAGAUAAGUUACUUCUCUUUAAGCAGUUCAAGUGAAAAGUACACUAGCCAUCAUCGGCCAAAUGCAAUAUCAACAAAAGGUACUUUAUAUUCUCCAUGACAAACUGCCAACAUACAACUGCCAAUCUCACUGAGAAACUGUGAGUAUUCCUUUCCAUAUUAGCUUUCAGCAAUUUCCAAAAGGAUGGGAGAAAUAGAAGAUGAGAGGAACUAUGACUGGGGAAAUCUGCUGUAUCACUGGGAAUUAAUUAUUCCUAAUUAGUACUUAAAUAAAGCCUCCUUUCCCAGAAGCACCACAAUUCCACAUGACCAAGCUGAAAUCAGAGUUUGCAUCUCAAAGCAACUUGCAGCACAAGGUGAGUAAUUAAUUCCUUCCCCUACGUACUUAAAAGGUUCCAUCUCACACCUCUUAGGUACCUGUGAUCUGUGGAAUUUAAAGAUUAUUUUAGCAUUCUUUUGACCCAUCCUUAAAAAAAAAAAAAAUGAGAAGCAUCUUAAAAUGUUUUUUUUUUGUAAAGAGAUCUUCUUCAUUCACAUCCAAAUAAGUACUAGGCUGGAUGAGAAUGACUCACCAGAAAAGAUCAACUGUUUCAGUUUAAGAGAGGAAAAGAUUUGUGUUCAAAUGUCUGAAAGACACGUGUCCAGAACACUUAACAACUACUGAGGGGGAAAUGGUUCUGGUUCAACUAAGAGUAAUGAAAAUCAGUGAGUGAGAAAAAUGUGUUGGGCAAAUACCAGAAAAGCCUUUUUAACAGCAAGAUUUGUCAUCCUUAAUCAUUUAUGUGGCACAACGAUAUUACGUAUGUCUGAGCCUAUGAAUUUCUAUAUAUAGAAAGUGAGAUCAGGAAACAAACAGUCACAGGAUUAGUAUGGGCAGAGUGCAGUUAUAGAAAAAAAAAGAAAUCUAUGAUGAGAUGUACUGCGGAAUGUUUUUAGUAGCAAGAGUAUGUAGUGUAGGAUACAAAUAUUUCUUCAUCGACCUUGUAUUUGGAUUUGUGCAUUACUGCAGUGCUGUAAUAACCUACAUGCAAGAUAAAUGAAUUCAAUUCAGAACAGCUGCAGAGAAGGGAAUGAAAAAGGAGUAGGGGCUGUAUUUCACACAAGGAAAUUAGAAAAGUGUGGCUUAUUCUGUUUAACAAAAGUUGAAUGAAUGUUAUUGUUCCUAGUUACUACAUUGCAAAUAAAAUUUUAAGCAACGAAGACUAAGAAAAAUGAGAAUUCAAGGACACAAGUAGACCGCAAAUCAAUUUAUUUGUAAAUUCAAAUAGUUUUAAAAUAUUCAUAGAAUGAAGUGCAGACAACAGUUUAAGUUAAAAGGCCCAUGGGAGGACAUGUAGUCCAACCUACAGGGUAAGCUCUAGGGCCAGACCAGGUUGCUAAGGGCUAAGUAGUCAAGUCUUAUAAUUUUCAAAGGAUGGAAAUUACACAACUUCUCUGGGUAGCCAAUUCCAACUAUUGCCUGUAACCAGAGCAUAUUCUUUCUAUUCUACUUCUUUUGUCUCACCAUCCCACAAAGCCCCACUGUGAUAAGGAUGGCUUUGUCUUCUUAUUAACCACAGGUUAUCACAGGUUCAGGCAGGUUACUGUUUGAACAAGAAUUGUAGAAUAUCCUGAGUUGGAAGGGACCCAUAAUGAUCACUGAGUCCAACUCCCAGCUCCACGCAGGACCAUCCAAAAUUCAAACUAUGUCUGAAAGCAUUGACCAAAACGCUCCUUGAUCUCCAGCACGUGGGGGCCCCCCCCCCAUGUGAAAGAGCAACUUUGGAGUUUCACUACCAAGACACUCCAGAAACAGCAAGAAUUCUGCUUGAGAUGCCCCAUUCAGAUUUGGCUCAUUGAAACAAAGUAGUGUUUGCUGCUUAAACUGAAGGUGCCUAUCCCAAAACUGUGAGUGGUGAAAUGCAUCCUUCCAAGGCUCUCAAGGACAAGGCCAUUUCCAGUCACUGUUAUACAUACAACAUUUUUAGAAGUUUAUAAUAAAAAUUCAAGUUUUAUAACAAUUA